AGUUACCCGAACCAAAAGAAUGCAAGAUUCCUCACACCACUAAAAAACUUUACAAAAAUGUCUUCAAUCCAGAUCGAGAAAGCACAGAUAGAGCUUGACCUCUCAGUUUCCUACUAAGCUUGGUAUCUGGAUCACGGGUGAAAGCAAAUUCUCUGGAGAAGCUACCAAACUAAAUUUCUCCACAAAACUCCCUUUAUUUCAAACCAGAUCUGAAAUUUGCAUCACCUCCGUUUUCGAACUCUGACGCGAAGCAAGGGAGGACUUUGCUGCUGCAACCAGAGCUAGUGGGAACCAAAAUGGAGUUCGCAAACAGAUUGGUCGGCGCAGCAAUGAGAGCCACCAAUAACAACACAGUGAUAAACGUAUGCCUCGUAGGAUCUUUUCUGGCGCUAAGCGUGCGAUCUAUGAACCAGCAAAAGGACAUAGAAGCUCUUGAGGCCGAGAAGGAUUCGCUGAGAAAAUCAAACAAAGCCAUGAAAAAGACUAUGUGGGAUUGGAAACAACAGCUCUUCGCUGAAGCAGAAUCCGAUGCUGCCUUGGUCCCUCUUGCCAGACUCAAGGCCAUUUACGGCGAGGCACCAUCGCCUCCAAUCGGGGAUACUGUGAAAGAAGAUGCAAAAUCACCUGCAUCUAAAAUUGUAAUUUAAACUUGUUUUUCACAGUUCUUUACUUUAGCUAGCAUGAGGAUCAGAAUGUUAUCUCUCACUUUAGGUAGACAAACAAUGAAUCAGAUUUGGAGUAUGGCCAACAAGAUUCCUGAACACCCUCUCCCCCCCCCCCCCCCCCUCUUUAAACUGCUGCUGGAUGUUGGCUCAAGGUACUCAAAUCUUAUCUUUGCUUUAUCAGAUUUUGUUAGAAUUAUCGUUAAGUGGAUAAAUAAUAAUAGCCUGAGCUUGCUCAA